UCUUUUGUCUCAGAUCUCUUCAGUGGUCGGAGGCGCCGCUGCGCGUCAAUCUGCGCGUCUCUCUCGCGUCGGUGCUGCUCGUGACGGCUUUCCCUCGUUGUGCAGCUCGGAUUUCAUUGCUUCACGGUCAGAGGGAGUUCAUGAAGAUUAUACAGAUUUAAUGUGGAGCUAAAUGAUCUGAUCUGACUGAAGUUCCAGUAGAGAUUCAGAUUGAAUCGCAGUCUCAUCUCUUCAGAUCUUUAUGAUUCAUUCAUCUGACAACUGAACUCAAGGUGAAGGAUGUUGUGUCUGAUCAGUGAUGGUCUGCAGGUUCUGCUGUGGGUUCUGCUCAUGUUCUCCUGCUGUUGUUUGACUCAAGCAGAGACUCUCGUUACUGUCAGAAAAGUCACCCAUCCUUCUUUGCGACAGCCAUUAGCAGGCUCCGCUCUCCUCCCGUGUGUUUUUACUCUGUCACCUGCUGUUCCUCCGAGUCACGGCCCGUAUAUUCACUGGACCCGAGGUUCAGGAGAGCAGGAGAGGACGGUUCUGUUCGCCCGGGACGGGGUGGUGAGAGUACACCAGGCUUACGCGGGACGGGUCAAUCUCCCCGGUUACUCUGUCAAUCAACUGAACGCAUCGCUGGCACUAUCACACCUGCGCUCCAAUGAUUCCGGCAUCUUCCGCUGCCACGUCGCCCUGGGAGACAAAUAUGAGCAAGAUACAGUCAACCUGGAGAUCACAGGUGUUGUGUUUCACUAUCGAGCAGUGUCUGACAGAUAUUCGCUCUCUUUUGAUGAUGCUGUUGAUGCGUGUGAACAGAAUUCUGGUGAUAUUGCCGCUCCAGAACAACUGUGGGCUGCGUUUCACUCAGGACUCAACAGCUGCGCAGCCGGAUGGCUGAAAGAUCAGACUGUCAGGUAUCCCAUACAGAGACCUGAGCUCGGUUGCUAUGGACACACAGAGUAUUCACGUGGAGUGAGGAAUUAUGGGAAACGGGACCCAUCUGAAUUAUUUGAUGUGUAUUGUUUCGUAAAUGAGAUGAAAGGUGAAGUGUUUUCUGUCACGGCCCCUGGUAAACUGACUCAUCCCGAGGCCGCGGCUCACUGUGAAUCAUUGGGUGGCCGAUUGGCGACCGUCGGGCAGCUUUAUCUGGCCUGGACGUCUGGAUUGGAUCAUUGUGAUGGCGGUUGGUUGGCUGAUGGGAGCGUGAGGUCAUCUGUCAGUACAGAGCGUUCACGGUGUGCAGAUGCCGAACCGGGUGUCCGAACCUUUACACCAGCAGAGCCCAUCAACAGGACAGAUCGCUUUGAUGCAUACUGCUAUCAAGAAAAGAAAUCAGAGGAUGCUCUCAGCAGCAUUGUUAAGUCCUUACUGAAGCCGUGGAAGUACAUGACCGGCGACGUGGAUGGAUCACAGGAGAAAGCAGAAGAUGUGCCCUCAUCUCCCUCAUCUACUGGAGAUCAAGAUCUGUCUGACCUUCAGCCUACUAACUGGACCGGACAGGUGGAUUUGGACAAAGAGCUCCACUUUGCCGCUGAGCCUCCUGAGCUAUCGGCUGAGUAUUUGACCGUUCGUCUGAGAGCCGAAGACACGUCUCUGGACUGGAGCGGCCAGUUGGACUCGUUCCCGGACAUUGAACAGACGUUCCCUGCCCUGAGGUCAGAUCUCAUUUCUGAGAGUCCUGGUGGUUCAGCCAGAGAGGAAGAGGAUGAAGAUCUGUCAGGUCAGUCCAUCACAGAGACCACACAGUCUAAUGGCAAGAGUUCCCUUACGAACAUCGUCAGCUCAUUGUGGAAACCCUGGAGAUACCUGACAGGAGGUGAGGUGGACACCGUGACAGAGAGCACGCAAGCUGUCACACAAGCUACUGUCAUGGACAACAAACCUACAGCUACUUCUCCCUCAGGGUUCAUGUCGUGGUUGGGCAACUCAAGGGUCUCUGGUCUUACGUCAGUCACGGAUAAAUUUAUCUCCUCCCAUCCGCCUGUGAGCUCAACAGUACCAGAGACUGGCACCAGAGAUGGAUCGAGCAUUGAUCAGGCCAGUCAAGCAACAGAACACACUCCAGGGACAGGUGAAGAAUGGGUUCAGGUGACAGAGAAACCUGGAGAGAAUAUAGGAACCCUUGACCCGGACAAUGAGAUGGAGGAAGAAGUUCCGGUCUCCAUUUCCAAAGAAUCUGUACGUAGGUUGUCCCUGACGGAGAGCUACUCCGGAGAGAGUCGAACCCCUGAGGUGGAGGGAAGCUCGUGGGGCGAUACGUACCUGUCGUCAGGUGCCACGUCCGAAAAGACGCUUACGGUGGUAACGUUGAAUACCGGUUUAUUACCGGAGAGGAGAGACACUAUUUCGCUCAACCAGGACGACGCUGCUUUGGAGGCCCGUGGAGAAAUUCAAUACAGACGUAGAAACAAAGGCAGAAGGCCAGGCCAAAGAACCACAGAGAUGACAACCACAGCUGGCCAGAGCACCACUAUGUCCUACGUUGAGUCUUCAAGCAGUGAAAACACAGGAACAGCCAUCACAUUGUCUCCAGAUAAGUCUCAGAUGGCAAGCUUUCAAACGCCGGUUCUCAGCAUCACAGGUUCUAUCACAGAGAAAGAUCUCACUAUCACAGAGAAAGAUCUCACUAUCACAGAGAAAGAUCUCAGCAGUCCAGAGGAAGAUCUCAGCAACCCAGAAAAAGAUCUCGCUAUCACAGAGAAAGAUCUCACUAUCACAGAGAAAGAUCUCAGCAGUCCAGAGGAAGAUCUCUCUAUCACAGAGAAAGAUCUCACUAUCACAGAGAAAGAUCUCACUAUCACAGAGAAAGAUCUCAGCAACAUAGAGAAAGUUCUGGCUAUCACAGAGAAAGAUCCUACUAUAACAGAGAAAGAUCUCAGAAGUCCAGAGGAAGAUCUCAGCAUAACAGAGAAAGAUCUCGCUAUCACAGAGAAAGAUCUCAGCAACCCAGAGGAAGACCUCAGCAACCCGGAGAAAGAUCUCAGCAUAACAGUGAAAGAUCUCACUAUCACAGAGAAAGAUCUCAGCAGUCCAGAGGAAGAUCUCAGCAACCCCAAAAAAUAUCUUACUGUCACAGAAAAAGAUCUCAGCAGUCCAGAGGAAGAUCUCAGCAACCCAGGGAAAGAUCUCAGCAACCCCCCAAAAAAUCUCCCUAUCACAGAAAAAGAUCUCAGCGGUCCAGAGGAAGAUCUCAGCAACCCCAAAAAAGAUCUCACUAUCACAGAAAAAGAUCUCACUAUCACAAAGAAAGAUCUCAGCGGUCCAGAGGAAGAUCUCAGCAACCCCAAAAAAGAUCUCACUGUUACAGAAAAAGAUCUCAGCAGUCCAGAGGAAGUUUUCAGCAACCCAGAGGAAGAUCUCAGCAACCCCCCAAAAGAUCUAACUGUCACAGAGAAAGAUCUCAGCAGUCCAGAGGAAGAUCUCAGCAACCCCAAAAAAGAUCUCACUAUCAAAGAGAAAGAUCUCAGCAACCCCAAAAAAGAUCUCACUAUCACACAUAAAGAUCUCAGCAGUCCAGAGGAAGAUCUCAGCAACCCCAAAAAAGAUCUCACUGUUACAGAAAAAGAUCUCAGCAGAGAUCUCAGCAACCCAGAGGAAGAUCUCAGCAACCCCAAAAAAGAUCUCAGCAACCCCAAAAAAGAUCUCAGCAACCCCAAAAAAGAUCUCAGCAACCCCAAAAAAGAUCUCCCUAUCACAGAAAAAGAUCUCAGCAGUCCAGAGGAAGAUCUCAGCAACCCCAAAAAAGAUCUCACUAUCAAAGAGAAAGAUCUCAGCAGUCCAGAGAAAGAUCUCAGCAACCCCAAAAAAGAUCUCACUAUCACACAUAAAGAUCUCAGCAGUCCAGAGGAAGAUCUCAGCAACCCCAAAAAAGAUCUCACUGUUACAGAAAAAGAUCUCAGCAGAGAUCUCAGCAACCCAGAGGAAGAUCUCAGCAACCCCAAAAAAGAUCUCAGCAACCCCAAAAAAGAUCUCCCUAUCACAGAAAAAGAUCUCAGCAGUCCAGAGGAAGAUCUCAGCAACCCCAAAAAAUAUCUCACUAUCACAGAGAAAGAUCUUAGCAGUCCAAAGGAAGAUCUCAGUAACCCAGAGGAAGAUCUGAGCAUAGAGAAAGAUCUGAAUAGUCCAGAGAGCAGCACUGAGAUGAUGACAAAUAACAGUUCAUUUAGACAAAGAGAUAUUGAUGACUGUCAAUCAAACCCUUGUGAGAAUGGAGGCACGUGCAUUGAUAAAGAGGAUUCAUUUGUGUGUCUGUGUUUGCCCAGUUACACAGGAGACCAAUGUGAGAGAGACACAGAGGGUUGUGAACACGGCUGGAUGAAGUUUCACGCUCACUGUUAUCGACUCUUUCAACGCAGACACACAUGGGAGGAAUCAGAGAAAGACUGUCGAGAGCACAGCAGUCAUCUGACCAGCAUCACAUCAUCUUUGGAGCAGGAUUUUCUCAAUGGUUUAGGUCAUGAGAAUAUUUGGAUUGGACUGAAUGAUCGUACAGUAGAAGAGGAUUUCCAGUGGACUGAUGGAUUAGAUGUUGUGUAUGAGAACUGGCGUGAGAGUCAGCCGGAUAACUUCUUCGCGGGUGGAGAGGACUGUGUGGUCAUGAUCUCAAGAGAAGACGGCAAAUGGAACGAUGUGCCGUGCAACUACAAUCUGCCCUACGUCUGUAAGAAAGGAACAGUCAUGUGUACCACACCUCCUUCAGUGGACAAUGCCUAUCUAGUGGGUCGCAGACGAUCACACUAUGACAUUCAUGCAGUGGUUCGGUAUCAGUGUGAUGAUGGCUUCUUUCAGCGUCACGUACCGACCGUCCGCUGUCGACCCAAUGGGACCUGGGAAAGACCCAAGAUCAUCUGUACCAAGUCACGUCGAUCUCACCGCUACCGUCGGCAACACCACAGAUCCCGGCGUGAGCACCGGAGACACAGGAGACAUGGAUCCGGUCACAGAGGACGAGAUUAAACCUUACUGGUGUUUAAAGGCAGGGGACGUCCACUUUAAUCUGUGAUUUCACUUUCAGUGUUUUCCAGUCAGAGGAAACACAACAGACCCUGAAAAACUGAAACAAUUACUUCUCCUCAUCUCCUCCUAAUCUUCUCCUGAUCUCCUGAUCUUCUCCUCUGGAUCUCCUGAUCUCCUCCUGAUCUUCUCCUGAUCU